AACCGCACUGAGUAAAGCAGCAGCACUGCGCAUGCGCGUCUCUCAGGCGGAGAAGAUGGCGACCGGCGGUGGGGUGAUGGAGGUGGACGGAGCAGCGAGUCCCAGUGUGAUGGCCUCUGGAGUGACGGGCAGUGUGUCUGUGGCGCUGCAUCCUCUCGUCAUUUUGAACAUCUCGGACCACUGGAUCCGACUCCGCUCCCAGGAAGGCCGAGCCAUGCAGGUGAUUGGAGCUCUGAUAGGGAAGCAGGAGGGGAGGAAUAUCGAGGUGAUGAACUCGUUUGAGCUGCUGUUUCACACGACCGACGAGCGAAUUCACAUCGACAAGGAGUAUUACUACACCAAGGAGGAGCAGUUUAAACAGGUAUUUAAGGAUAUGGAGUUUCUUGGCUGGUAUACGACGGGCGGUCCUCCCGACCAAUCAGAUAUCCACAUUCACAAACAGGUGUGUGAGAUUAUUGAGAGUCCGCUGUUUCUGAAGCUGAACCCGAUGACCAAACACACCGAUCUGCCUGUGAGUGUGUUCGAGUCUGUGAUCGACAUCAUUAAUGGAGAGGCAACCAUGUUGUUUGCAGAGCUGACGUACACACUGGCGACGGAGGAGGCGGAGCGGAUUGGUGUCGAUCACGUGGCGCGGAUGACUGCUACCGGCACCGGAGAGAACUCUACAGUGGCGGAGCAUUUGAUAGCGCAGCACAGUGCUAUAAAGAUGCUGCACAGUCGGGUGAAGCUGAUUCUGGAAUAUGUGAAGGCGGUUGAAGCAGGUGAGGUCCCCUUUAAUCAUGAGAUUCUGCGGGAGGCGAACGCUCUGUGUCACCGGUUGCCUGUACUGAGCACGCUCAAGUUCAAAACCGACUUUUACGAUCAAUGUAAUGACGUGGGGCUGAUGGCGUAUCUGGGCACCAUCACUAAAACCUGCAACAGCAUGAACCAGUUCAUCAACAAGUUCAACGUCCUGUACGACCGGCAGGGCAUCGGCCGCCGCAUGAGGGGCCUGUUCUUCUGAUACACACUUAUAUACACUCUCUCACACACACACACACACACACACACACUCGCACACACACUUAGUAUCUGUUGUAAGUAAAAGACUCUGGAAAUAAAAGUAACAUUUUGGGAAUA